UAGGAGAGUGCUGAGGUCGGAGGAACCGGCACCCAAGCAUCACUCCGGACCCCAAACCUCCAGCGCCACCACCACCCCGGAGUGCAGAGCCAGACUUGAUGAUGGCAGUCUGGAGUGAGCAGCUCAGUGGGGAAAAACCUCUGUAAAGGGCCCCCAGACCUCCCUGGGGAGGACCUCCGCCGACCUGGGCUUAGGAGGCCGAGCAGUGCCAGCCACAGACCAGCCAUUGUUGGGACCAAGGGCCUGAGGCCCAGCCAGCCUCAAUGGAGGACAAGAAGAAGAAAAGGAGUCCCAAGCCCUGCCUGACCCAGCCAGCUGCGGCCCCAGGAACACUCCGCAGGGUCCCUGUGCCCACCAGCCACAGUGGCUCUUUGGCUCUGGGCCUCCCUCAUCUGCCUUCCCCCAAGCAGCGGACCAAGUUUAAGAGGGUAGGAAAGGAGAAAUGCCGCCCAGUGCUGGCUGGAGGUGGGGGUGGCUCUGCAGGCACCCCCCUGCAGCACUCAUUCCUGACUGAGGUGACAGAUGUCUAUGAGAUGGAGGGGGGACUGCUGAACCUGCUCAAUGAUUUCCACUCAGGCCGACUGCAGGCCUUCGGGAAGGAAUGCUCCUUCGAGCAGUUAGAGCACGUGCGGGAGAUGCAGGAGAAGCUGGCCCGGCUUCACUUCAGCCUGGAUGUGUGUGGGGAAGAGGAGGAAGAGGAGGAGGAAGAGGAUGGAGUCACUGAGGGACUGCCUGAGGAGCAGAAGAAGACAAUGGCUGACCGCAACCUGGACCAGCUGCUUAGCAAUCUGGAAGAUCUUAGUAAUUCUAUACAGAAGUUGCACCUGGCGGAGAACGCUGAGCCUGAGGAGCAGUCAGCUAUGUAGGUGUCGGACCCAGGCCCAGACUACCCCCUCUUAUUAACUUCAAACUGUGACUUUUUACGGACUUGUAUUCCGCGGCCCCCCAGGUGCUAAGGAGAGGGGGGUAUUGGGUGGAAUUAAACCACAAAGAAAGAAAA